CAUAACCUGUUUAUUCCGCAUCUGCCGGUUGUGCAGGUAGUGGAGUUCGCGUGUCGGUGUGUGAGGGGUUGACGAAACUUCUUGCAUCUACAUUUUUCGGUUCUACGAUUCUGUGAGUUUUACAAACAAUUGCACAGCGGAGUUUAGGGUGUGCAGUUGUCCGCAUUAUCUGUUUUGCGAUGUUUCGAUUACUUGCUUCGCUACGUACACGAGCUGGAACGUUGGUUGCCACUGCAACUGAUUCGCUGGCGAGAACUGACAAUACAUCGUUUGCGAGAGGUGUUCGUAAUUUCACAGUGAGCUCCAAACUACUCAGCGAUGGACCGCAGAUCCAGAAACCCGCUCCGGAUUUCUCUGGUACCGCAGUAGUUAAAGGCGACUUCAAGGAGAUCAAGUUGAACGACUACAAAGGGAAAUACGUUGUUCUGUUUUUCUACCCAUUAGACUUUACAUUUGUUUGCCCAACGGAGAUAAUUGCAUUUAGUGAGAAGGUCUCGGAGUUUGAAGCUCUGAAUACACAAGUGAUCGGAGUGUCGACAGAUUCGCACUUUAGCCAUUUGGCAUGGAUUAAUACCCCGAGGAAACAGGGUGGCCUCGGAGGAGACUUGGGCUAUCCUCUUUUGAGCGAUUUCAAUAAGACCAUAUCGAACAAAUACAAUGUUUUGUUGCAAGACUCGGGAAUCGCUCUCAGAGGUCUCUUCAUCAUAGACAAGGAGGGAGUUCUUCGACAGUUUUGCGUCAAUGAUCUCCCGGUUGGCAGGAGCGUCGAAGAGACAUUGAGAUUGAUCAAGGCCUUCCAGUUUGUCGAGAAGCACGGCGAGGUAUGUCCUGCAAAUUGGCAGCCCGAUUCCAAAACUAUUAAGCCGAAUCCAAAAGAUAGCAAACAAUACUUUGAAUCGGUUAAUUAAGCUUGCACUUAGGUUUUGUUCAAGGGAUAUGCCCAACAUAUUAGAUUUUAAUGUAAUGUAAUAUAAUAGAUUAUGACACAUAAUGCAAUAUAACAUAGGUCAAAUGCAAUAGCAUUAAUAUUACAGUUGAUUAUGUAAAAUGAACAAAAUCUAAAAAAUUAUAUACACGUUUUACUAUAAAA